AUGGAGGUGACCACCGUGUCCCCAUCUCCUGCCUCACCCACUGAAGGAGAUGAUCUCUGUGAUAUUGAUGUCACCGAUGCGGCCAUAGACAGUGUGACACUGCUCAUCUGCCUCUGUGGGCUGGCUGGGAACGGGGCUGUGCUCUGCCUCCUCCAAAGGACCCCCACCACCAGUUACAUCAUCAAUCUGGCCUUCGCCAACUUCUCCUUCCUCCACUUCGUGGUCCUCUCCACCCUGCUCUAUCUGCUGGAGGAAUUGUCCUGCUACACAAUCGUGCCCCUGGUGUUCAUGAGGGCACUUUUCCCACUCCUGUUCUUCUCCUACAACCUGGGGCUGUACCUGCUGACAGCCAUCAGCAUUGACAGGUGCACAUCUAUCGUCUGUCCACUCUGGUACCGCUGUCGCCAUCCCCAGCACCUCUCAUGGGUGGUGUGUGCCCUGCUCUGGGCCCUCUCCAUCGCUGUCAUUGUCACAAUGACUGCCCUGUGCCUGUCACGAGAGCAUGACCACUGCCAGGUGUCUGUCAUCGCCAUGUACUCCCUCAACCUCUUCCUCUUUGCCCCAGCCAUGCUCAUUUCCAGCACAAUCCUCCUCAUUAAGUUCAAGUGUGGGUCCCAGCAGCAGCGACCCAAGAGACUCGACAUUGUUAUUUUCCUCAUUGUGCUCUCCUUCCUCCUCUUUGCUCUCCCCCUCAGCCUCUCCAAUUUCCUGCAGCAGCUCGGCUACACCAUUGUGCCCUCCCAGGUUCUUUUCCUGCUCGCCUGCAUCCAUAGCAGCACCAACCCCAUCAUCUACCUCUUGGUGGGGAGGUUCAGGAGGCCCUGCUCCAUGGGAUCCCUACGGCUUUCCCUCCAGAGGGUCUUUGAGGAGCCAGAAGAAAACACUGCCCAGAGCGAUGAUCUUGCCAUGGACACAGCCUUUCCAACCUGUUGAUUCCUUCCACUGCUCUGCUGAAGGACCUUGGCAGAGUGGCCGAGGGUUUCUUUGAGUCACCUGAUUAAUAAAUAUCCAUGGGAUCACCC